UUACAUAGUGCGAAGAACAGAGUAAUAUUUUUGUUAUUUUGUGAUACACGCUUUCUUACAGAAAUUUGGUAGGGUUUAGGGUUUAUCUUAAAUCUACUUUUCAAGGUUCCAUAUACACAUUUUUAUCCAAAACAAUUGAAUGGCUGCAGCUGCUGAUGGCGUCUCAAUUGAUCCGAGAAUGGACUGGUAUUCAGCAGUUCCCUGCUGCCACCCAGACCAGAAUGCUUGAAUUGUUGGGAAAACUAGAGCAGGAGGAUGUGAGCACCUUGACAAUUCUGGUGAUGGGGAAAGGCGGCGUUGGAAAAUCUUCAACUGUAAACUCAAUUGUAGGGGAAAGAGCAGUUGCUAUCAGUGCUUUCCAGAUGGAAGGAUCAAGACCUGUGAUGGUUUCACGCUCACUGGCAGGAUUUACAUUGAACAUCAUCGACACUCCGGGGAUUGUUGAAGGUGGAUGUGUCAAUGACCAGGCACUUGAUAUUAUAAAGAGGUUCCUUUUGAACAAGACCAUAGAUGUUUUGCUGUAUGUGGACCGUUUGGAUGUUUAUAGGGUGGAUAACUUGGAUAGACAGGUCGUGAAAGCUAUUGCUGAUAGCUUUGGUAAAGAAAUAUGGAGUAGAGGAUUGAUUGUUCUCACUCAUGCUCAGCUUUCUCCGCCUGAUGGUUUGAGUUAUGAUGAUUUCUUUUCCAGAAGAUCGGAGGCUCUCUUAAAAGUUGUUCGUCUGGGAGCUCGGAUAAAGAAACAAGAUAUGCAGGGUUCUUCUAUUCCUGUUGUUUUGGUUGAGAACAGUGGGAGGUGUAAUAAGAAUGAAAGCAAUGAAAAGAUUCUUCCAAAUGGAACUGCUUGGAUUCCCAGUUUAGUCAAGACAAUCACAGAUGUUGUUUCAAAUGGAGGCAAGGGUAUCUUAGUUGACAAGAAGUUGAUCGAAGGGCCAAACCCAAAUGAAAGAGGGAAAUUACUGAUUCCUUUUAUUUUCGCUUUCCAAUAUUUCUUUGUUGUGAAACGGAUUCAACGAUGUAUCAAGGAUGAUGUUGCAAAUGAGAGUAAAGCUGUGUGGGAGUAGUGGGACAUUGAUCUGGCCAACUGCAAGUUCCGAUGUGGCAUGACUAUUAUCAUUUUGACAAUUUUCAAAUGUGUUGCAUAGGCACUCUCCCCUGAGUACAUCUUUUCAUUUAUUGUUUCUGAUUAGGUUCUUGGUAUUGUCAUGGUCUCUGGCAAAAUCUUUUUGCGGUAGUUGAAUUCAUUCAGUUUUUUGAGAGUACUUCCAGUGUAUUUAAGAUUACAUAUAUCGGUUUCCUGAGAGUAAUCGAUUUUCCAUUGAUUUAAAUCUUGUUCUGUUGAA